AAAAACUCUGAAAAUUGCUUCUCACACAGCUUUUAUUUUCCCCUGAGAGCAGUACCAUAGCUUCCUAUUAAUACCUCCACUAAUACCCUCACCAUAUUUUAACAUGUUGAAAAGUUUCAGCCAUAUUUUCUAACUUCUUCAUUUCCAUGCUUCAAAGUCAGUGGGUUUGGAGCCUUAUUACACUGGUGAUAAGGUUAAAGGUCCUGGGAUUGGGUUACUUGGAAUCUCAAAGGGGGGUGAGCUGUGUAUCUCCAUGGCCUCCUUCCUAAAGGGCAUCACAGCCACUGCCCUUAUCAAUGGCUCUGUGGCAAAUGUUGGCUCAGUGCUCCGCUACAAGGACAUCACCAUUCCGCCCCUUGGUUUCAGUGUAAAACGCAUCAAGAUCAACGAGUCCGGGAUUGCUGAUAUUGUCGACGUACUGAACAACCCUCUAGAAGGGCCUGGCCGCCAAAGCUUUAUCCCUUUGGAGAAGGCCGAGUGUCACUUCUUAUUCAUUGUUGGCCAGGAUGAUCGCAACUGGAAAAGCGAAUUCUUUGCAGUUGAGGGGAGCAAACAUUUGCAAGCUCACGGGAAGGAAAAGCCUGAGAUACUCUGUUAUCCUGGAGCAGGUCACUACAUUGAACCCCCCUUUUUCCCAAUGUGUGCAGCCUCAAUGCAUGUGCUAGUUGGGAAGCCUGUGGUGUGGGGAGGGGAGCCCAAGGCACACUGUGAGGCACAGAUAGAUGCGUGGCAGCAGAUCCAAGCUUUCUUCCACAAACACCUCACGGGCAAGCCACCUAGAACAUCCAGUAAACUGUGAUGUGAGUUAGGUUACAUUACAGAUGAAGAUGUUGGUGUUUCAAGUUUGUUAAAUGAGAACAAAGAACAUCAGAAAAUAAGCUACUGGGUUUCUUGGAGGAUGACAGUAGGUGAUAACAUGAGAGCUGCUUCCUUUUAACACCCUCCUCUAACCUUGGUUGAAGGUCUUGGCCUCCUGUUUUGUGUAGUAUGGGAUUACAAGCUGUGGAAGAAUGGUGGUGUUAAGGCUGGGUCUGCUUUGAAUGUGAAUUUAAGUAGAAGGUAACUCAUCCAAGCUGAGAACUGGGAUGAAAACUUGCUUUGGCUUUCUCAAAGGAACCAUGUUGUAUGCCAUUGUCCUUGCCAGAUCCAGCUUUGUGCGCUAGUUUUUCUGGAAGCAGAUGCUCUCUCUUCCUGCCUUCUGUAAUCUUGCUGUUCUCCCUGUGCACUUCCCUCUCCUUCAUUGCUCCUUCUCCCACAUCACUGAAAUGCAUCUGCCUUAACACUUAAUAUCUAGUAUCUAAUAUUUCACUUGCCAGUGCAGUGAAAUAAUGUGCCUGCAUCCUCAGAUAACACACCUACUAUUUAUAGACAAAACCAGCCCAUAGUCUGAUGUGAAAUCAUUCUGAGCAUGUGCAACAGAAAUGAGACAUCUGUAUGGUUUUGGGAAGUUUGUAAGCAUGAAGAAACAACAGAAUUGGACCUGUUGGUGGUUAUGCCUGGAACUGCUUCUGGGCAUCUCCUUAGCAGGGCUGGAUAUUCCUCUGUGGGUCCAGAGCCCUGUUGGAGGGCAGUUUCUCCCUGCCUGUACAUGCCUUUAAUGCUUCCACAGCUGCCUGCUUGUAAGUGCUGCUAAGACCAGCAAGGCUGCGAAUCCGGCAUGGCAGCUCCCUGGAGCAUCUUUGCCUUGGCGCUGAGUGCGAUGCCGGCAGGUUUGUAGGAGCUGCCAUGUGUGGGGAGGCAGGCCGGAGCGGGCCGGGAGGCAGUGUCCGGGCCUGCUCUCUCUCCCACUCGGCCCCGCAGGGCUGCCCGCCUCGCUUCUGGUUCGCUCUGGAGGAUGUCGGGGCACACUCGCCCCCCGCUUGGGGAUUGUCACACGUGGUUGGCACCCAAGUAUGAGUCUGAAAGAAAAAGCGCUGAAUAUUGCCCGUGGGGCGCUGGUGAGUUUGCACUAUUGUCUGAAAAUAAGUUUUUAACACGCCAGUGCCUUACAAACCCAAGCUGAGUGGGUGAAACUGCUGCUCGUGUUGAUGCGAUUUGCAUUCACUGUAUUUUUUAAGGGAUUAA